AUGAACGAGGCGAAGGAGGCGCUGCGGAGCAUUGAGCAGAAGUACAAGCUGUUCCAGCAGCAGCAGUUCACCUUCGUGGGGGCGCUGGAGCACUGCCGGGAGAAUGCCCACGACAAGAUCCGGCCCAUCGCCAGCAUCGAGCAGGUACAGAGCUACAUGGAGCACUACUGCACCAACUCCACGGACCACCGCAUCCUGCUCAUGUUCCUGGACAUCUGCACAGAGCUGAGCAGGCUCUGCCAGCGCUUCGAGACCCUGCACACAGGCACCCCGGUCACCAACAACUUCCUGGACAAAUGCAAGACCUUAGUGAGCCAAAGCAACGACCUGAGCAGCCUGAGAGCAAAGUACCCCCACGACGUGGUGAACCACCUGAGCUGUGACGAGGCCAGGAACCACUACGGGGGCGUGGUCAGCCUCAUCCCCAUCAUCCUGGACCUGAUGAAAGAAUGGAUCGCCCACUCGGAGAAGCUGCCCCGCAAAGCGCUGCAGCACGGGGCGACCUAG